AUGGAUCACAGACCGCAAGCUUGGGGCCGUCCCAGAGACGACGUCUACGGUGCCUACGACGGCUCCUACAUGAACCUCAAUGGUCCCAACCAAGCGACACAGUCCCCAAUCGUCACGGGCACAUCAGUCAUCGCCAUCAAGUUCAGCGAGGGUGUUGUCAUUGCCGCCGAUAACCUGGCAUCCUACGGCUCCCUCGCCCGCUUUACCGACGUCAAGCGUCUCCGCACCUUCGCCAACUCCACCGUAGUCGGCUUCGGCGGCGACGUCUCUGACAUGCAGUACCUCGACCGCCACCUCUCGGCUCUCGAUAUCGAAGAGUCGUACGACCUGUCCGCAGAUGCCCCCGCCCGCCUCAACGCUGCGAACCUGCACAAGUAUCUCUCCAAGCUCCUCUACAAGCGCCGCUCCGACUUCGACCCCCUCUGGAACCACCUCCUUGUCGCCGGCCUCGACGACAGCAACAAGCCCUUCCUCGCUGCCGCCGACCUACUCGGCACCACCUUUACCUCGCCUUCGCUCGCCACAGGCUUUGGCUCCGCCCUCGCGCAGCCCAUCAUGCGUCGUUACGUCCCCGACGAGGAGGCCGCCGCCAAGCUAUCCAAGGAGCAGGCCAUCGAGGUCAUCAAGGAGUGCAUGAAGGUGCUCUUUUACCGUGACGCCCGCAGCUCUGAUAACUACUCCAUCGCUGUGGUAACCAAGGACGGUGUUGACUUGAAGGAGAACGAGAAGCUCGAGAAGCAGAGCUGGAAGUUUGCGGAACGAAUCCGUGGCUACGGUACGCAGGUUGUCUAG